AUGCCCCCCGCCGCGAGAGACUCUCCCGAGGCCAUCGCGGCCAAGGCCGCAGCAUCCGCGAUCAACGAGUCCCUCACCAGAUACCUCUAUUUUAUCGUCGCCGGAGUUUCUAUCAUUCUCAUUACGUGGAGAUUAUCGACUCAAAUCUUCAAGUUCGUCCGUUCCAUGGCUUGCCUGAGCAACGAGUCGCAGCGUUACUUCACUGCAGAGUCCUGCAAACUGUCGUUUUUCAAGAAGAACAUUCUGUACGCCCCCAUUUUCAGCAGGCGACACAACCGCGAGUUCCAGCUGAGUAGCGCCAUCAACAUGGGCACAUUGCCGACGCGCCUUCAGCUCAUAUUUCUUGUCGCGUACUUUGCCUCAAACGUGGCUUUCUCCGUCGUCGACAUCCCUUUUGCAGCUACAUUUGACGAUGCAGUGAGGAGAUUCCGAAACAGAACAGGGGUAUUAGCCGUCGCGAACAUGAUACCUCUUUUUCUCAUGGCGGCUCGAAAUAACCCCCUUAUCGGAUUGCUGGGCGUUUCCUUCGACACGUUCAACCUGCUUCAUCGCUGGUUCGGACGUAUUGUUGUUCUCGAGGCCGUUGCCCAUACUACGGCCUUCCUUGUCUCCAAGGCGCAUGAAGAUAGCCUUAAGGCCGGGUUCGAGACUGUCUUCAGAGUCGAGUACAUGUUCUGGGGGUUUCUUGGCACCUGCGGAUUCAUAGCAAUUUUCAUUCAAGCUUGGAGCCCCAUCCGCCAUGGCUUCUACGAGAUGUUCAAGCUGCUCCACAUUGGCCUGGCCAUCCUGGCUGUCAUCGGUACUUGGUAUCAUCUGAGUCUGAAGGAUCUCCCGCAGCUCCCGUACUUGAUAGCCGCCAUCGUCCUUUGGGCCACAGAUCGGCUAUGGCGUGUGGUCCGACUGUUAUACACCAACGUCGGCACAGGGGGUAGCCGAGCCCUGGUGGAGGCACUUCCCGGCAACGCAGUACGAGUGACUCUGUCAAUGGCGAGGCCGUGGGUCGUCAAGCCUGCGCAGCAUGCGUAUAUAUACAUCCCGUCCAUCGGCCUCUGGCAAUCGCACCCCUUCUCCGUGGCUUGGAGCGAAGAGACCGAGGAUGAUGCACUGGAGAAACUGGCCGUAAAUCAUCGACGCACCUCGGAGAAGUGCAGAACGACCAUCUCAUUCAUUAUCCGGGGGAGGACGGGGUUCACCAACAAACUCUACCAGAAAGCUGUAGCUUGCCCUCGAGGCCAAAUGCAGACAACAUGCUUCGUCGAAGGGCCAUAUGGUCAACUGCAUGACAUGCGGUCGUAUGGCACUGUAAUGCUCAUUGCAGGCGGUGUUGGCAUUACCCAAGCAGUCCCGCACGUCAGGGACCUAGUCAUUGGAUACGCCAAUGAGACCGUGGCGACCAGGCGAGUCAUUUUGGUCUGGGUCAUUCAAACCCCUGAACAUCUCGAGUGGAUCCGUCCCUGGAUGACGAAGAUCCUCGCCCUGCCGAAACGUAGGGACGUUCUACGCAUCAUGCUCUUCGUGAGCCGGCCUCGGUCGAGCAAGGAGAUCCACAGCCCCUCUGCAACGGUGCAGAUGUUUCCUGGUCGGCCUAAUAUCGACACUCUCUUAGCGACCGAGGUUGAGCAGCAGAUUGGGGCCAUGGGUGUAACGGUGUGCGGGCCAGGGGUUCUCAGUGAUGACGUGCGGCGCGCUGUUCGCAAACGCCAGUACGACGGCAAAGUUGAUUUCGUCGAGGAGGCCUUCUCCUGGUAA